AGCUGAGCGGCGCUCAAGCCAAGCCGCCGAUAAUGCAGACAACAAGAAAGGUAUAAAGCAAAGCAGGUAGAUUUGCGGGCAGGUGUAAAAUUUCGGAACACGCACACUCUUGUGAUUGUGAUUGUGUAUGAAUGCGAGACGGCGUACGCUCUCGCGAACGCUCCUACGAGUAUAAAAUCCGUUCUCCGUCGCACCGAGCAGUCAGUAUCUCCACAGCAGCAGCGGCGACGGGAAGACAAAGCAAUCUGGAUUGAAUACGUCCUAGUUUUGGGUCCGUAUAACUAAAAAUUUAUAGUGCAAAGUAGCUGAGAUAAGCGCGGCUUGACCCGGGAAAGGCGCCAGAGAUGGGGGCAUGCAAUAUAACAGUCUUAUUGCUGGUCAUCAUGUUGUGGCUACCCCAUGGUCUGUCCAUGGGCAAUAGCUGCUCGGCAUCGGUGCUGGAGGCGCGCAGGUUCUUCGAACUGGAAAAUGAACAAUUGCGAAGGCGCUUCCACGAGGAAUUCCUGUCCGGCUACAACUAUAACACCAAUGUAACUGAGGCGAACCGCCAGGCCAUGAUCGAAGUGUAUGCCCGCAAUGCAGAGCUGAAUAAGCGCCUGGCGCAGCAGAUAAAGGCCUCCGAUUACAUUCAGUCCGAGGAUGCGGAUAUACGACGACAGGCCGAGCACCUAUCCAAACUGGGUGCAUCCGCCCUGAAUGCCGACGACUACCUGGCCCUGCAGAAUGCCAUCAGUUCGAUGCAGACGAACUAUGCCACCGUCACCGUGUGCUCCUACACCAAUCGCAGUGAUUGCUCCCUCGCCCUCGAGCCGCACAUCCAGGAGCGUCUGUCCCACAGUCGUGAUCCUGCCGAACUGGCUUGGUAUUGGCGGGAGUGGCACGAUAAGUCCGGAACUCCCAUGCGGCAGAACUUCGCCGAGUACGUGCGACUGACGCGCAAGGCAUCUCAGUUGAAUGGUCACCGCUCCUAUGCCGACUACUGGGUGCAGUUCUACGAGGACCCGGACUUUGAGCGACAACUGGAUGCCACAUUUAAGCAGCUGCUGCCCUUCUACCGACAGCUCCACGGCUACGUUCGUUUUCGUUUGCGGCAGCACUACGGUCCGGAUGUGAUGCCAGCGGAGGGAAACAUACCUAUAAGCCUGCUGGGCAACAUGUGGGGUCAGUCGUGGAACGAGCUGCUCGAUUUGUUUACUCCCUAUCCGGAGAAGCCGUUUGUGGACGUGAAGGACGAAAUGGAGAAGCAGGGAUAUACGGUGCAAAAGCUGUUUGAGCUGGGUGAUCAGUUCUUCCAGUCGCUCGGAAUGCGCGCGCUGCCUCCCAGUUUCUGGAAUCUGAGUGUGCUCACCCGUCCCGACGAUCGUCAGGUGGUUUGCCACGCCUCCGCCUGGGACUUUUACCAAGACAGCGAUGUUAGGAUCAAGAUGUGCACCGAAGUGGACAGCCACUACUUUUAUGUAGUGCAUCAUGAGCUUGGACACAUUCAGUACUAUCUGCAGUAUGAGCAACAGCCGGCUGUCUACCGGGGAGCUCCCAAUCCUGGCUUCCAUGAAGCUGUGGGCGAUGUGAUAGCUCUAUCGGUGAUGUCGGCCAAGCACUUGAAGGCCAUUGGUCUGAUCGAAAAUGGUAGACUAGACGAAAAGAGUCGAAUCAAUCAGUUGUUCAAGCAAGCCCUCUCCAAGAUUGUCUUCCUGCCCUUUGGCUACGCCGUGGAUAAGUAUCGCUAUGCCGUUUUUCGCAAUGAGUUAGAUGAGUCGCAAUGGAACUGCGGCUUCUGGCAGAUGCGCUCCGAGUUUGGCGGCGUCGAGCCACCAGUAUUCCGCACCGAAAAGGACUUUGAUCCGCCAGCCAAGUACCACAUUGAUGCAGAUGUGGAAUACCUGCGCUACUUUGCCGCCCACAUCUUCCAGUUUCAGUUCCACAAGGCUUUGUGCCGCAAGGCCGGACAAUAUGCGCCCAACAACAGUCGCCUGACUCUGGACAACUGUGAUAUCUUUGGGAGCAAGGCAGCUGGACGAUCACUGAGCCAGUUCCUCUCAAAGGGCAACUCCCGCCAUUGGAAGGAGGUGUUGGAGGAGUUGACAGGCGAAACGGAAAUGGACCCAGCCGCUCUGCUGGAGUACUUUGAACCGCUCUACCAGUGGCUUAAGCAGGAGAAUAGUCGCCUGGGUGUGCCAUUGGGCUGGGGAACAACAGACAAAAUCCCAUCUGAUUGCUGUGGAACAUUUAGCACCUAGACUGAGUCGUCCCAAACUUGACUUUAGGUUACUAGAACCCGAAAACAAAAAUAUUGGUUUAGCCUGUCAUUAGGAACAAACAAAAUAAACUUGAUAAGAACGAUAAUUAAUUCAGCAUAUGCGCAUUGAUAUUUAAAUUGAUAUUUAUUGUAUCGAUUCAUUCGUAUCGUUUCUUUCGUUUCAUUAAUAAAUUGCCAUUACAUAAUACACUUUUUAACGAUAUCAUCUUACCCACCAACUUUCGUCAUAAACAAAAUUGUAUAAAUUAUAGCCUUUCGUGAAUUGUGUUUCUAUCUCAACCACAAAGUUGUAUAUGUUUCGGUCAGUGUAAAUUUUCGAUAUCUUGCUUGCCUUUUUGUACACAGCAAAAGCGCUCAAAAGUUCAUCUCAAAUUUAUUUGAUGCUUCUAACCGGAUCCUACUUUGAAUAAGUCGGAUAAAAUAUGAUCGUUAAUUUCAGUGUUGAUGAAAGCUGUUGUUGUAUACAACACAAAAAGUAUAGAAUAAAAAAUUAAAGGUCUUGCGGAAACGGAAAUCAAGUCAUGACUUCUAAAAUUUUCUCACCAUCGAAAAUUAUAAGCUAUUGCUAUUGAGAAAAUGUAUUUGUUAACUGGUUAUCCUUACACUGAAUCCUUAUAGGUCAUAUUUCAGCCGAGAUCUUCAAAGAUAGGUCAGUGAUUACAUUUUGCGACUUGUGCUGCAGUAUAUUUAUGAUUUCUGCUAAUAUAUCGAUGCUUUUGUGAUCUGAUUGGUAUCAAAUUUACGCACAUUUUGAUUUGUAGUCUCUGUUGGAGGAGUGUGUAUAUGAAAACGAAAUAAAGAACAGUCAAAUAUGA